CCCUCCAUUUUUCCCUAUUUUGGCAGGUGCAGGAAAAUUAAUCCCCAAUUAUUUUCUCUGCAUCUGUACAUACUCUCAAUUUCAAAAUCCCCUCUCCUUUCCCCAAUCAUCAAUUCCAAACCCAGUUUAAGAUCAACAAAAUGCCGUCGUUAGAGGAUGAGCUUUUCCCUUCUACGCCUGGUAAGUUCAAGAUCGACAGAGCCCACACCAUGAACCGCCAGUUUCAUCGGUGUUUCGCCUCUACAAGCACCAUGUUCUUAUGGGCUCUUUUCUUGAUCGCUUUAACGGCGUCGUAUUUGAGUUUUCAAAGUUUUAUCGAUUCCGGUAGCCGCUACUUUUCUGCUUCUUGGGGCGGUAUUCAAUGGGAAAAACAAGUUCGGACUUCCGCUCAGAUCCACCGUACGGGUGGUAUGUCCGUGCUUGUUACCGGAGCAGCAGGUUUCGUCGGAACCCACGUGUCUUUAGCGCUUAAGAAACGCGGAGAUGGCGUCGUUGGACUUGAUAAUUUUAACAAUUAUUAUGAUCCGUCGUUAAAGAAAGCGCGCAAGUCUAUGCUUAAUAACCAAGGGAUCUUUAUCGUAGAUGGUGAUGUUAACGACGCUCGGCUUUUAGCCAAGCUGUUUGAUGUGGUGGCUUUUACUCAUGUGAUGCACUUGGCGGCUCAAGCCGGAGUCAGAUACGCCAUGGAGAAUCCUCACUCGUAUGUUCAUUCUAAUAUAGCCGGCUUGGUUACGCUACUCGAGGUUUGCAAAUCGGCUAAUCCUCAGCCGGCUAUCGUUUGGGCUUCGUCUAGCUCAGUUUACGGCUUGAACGAGAAGGUUCCGUUUUCUGAAUCUGAUCGGACGGACCAGCCGGCGAGUCUUUACGCGGCCACAAAAAAGGCAGGUGAGGAAAUUACCCACACUUAUAACCACAUUUACGGUCUUUCAAUUACUGGGUUGAGAUUUUUUACCGUGUACGGUCCAUGGGGAAGACCCGAUAUGGCGUAUUUCUCGUUCACGAGAAACAUUUUGCAAGGGAAACCGAUCACGGUCUAUCGGGGCAAGAAUCGGGUAGACUUGGCCCGAGAUUUUACCUACAUUGAUGAUAUAGUGAAAGGUUGCGUGGGUUCUCUGGAUACUGCUGGGAAGAGUACCGGGUCGGGCGGGAAGAAGCGGGGACCCGCUCCAUACCGGAUCUUUAAUUUGGGGAAUACCUCACCGGUUACGGUACCGACGCUCGUGAGCAUACUAGAGAAGCAUUUGAAGACGAAAGCGAAGAGGCAUAUUGUGGAUAUGCCAGGAAACGGCGACGUACCAUUCACGCACGCGAAUAUUACAUUGGCCCGAAGAGAAUUCGGGUACAAACCAACAACCGAUUUGCAAACCGGGUUGAAGAAGUUCGUUAAGUGGUACCUCUGGUAUUACGGCUAUAACCGUGGCAAGGCUGUAAAUUAAAAUUGCUUUUAUUUCAAUAUUUCUGUUCUUUUUUGGUUUUUUUUCUUUUUCUUUUUGAAGGAUUUUUAUUUUCCCAAUUAAAGAAAAAAUGAAAAUGGGAAAAGAAAAUCUGUCAAAGGUAAAAAGAAAGGAAAAGGAAAGUGAAGUAAAGAAAAGAGAUAUUAUUCUUUUCUUGGGGGGUAAUCCACAGUAGUUUUGUUGUUCCUUUUGUGUAAUUAACCAAAAGAAAGAAAAAGGGUUUCUGAUUUGUUUGGCUAUUA